AUGGCCGAGCUGAAGGCCUUCGGGGGGGGAGCCCUACCUGGCCCUUGCCCCGGGCUUCGCCCCGACGGCGGCCUUCGCCUUCAGCGCCGGAGGAGAGGAGGGCCCUUCCCCCGGGGGAGCAAGCCGCCCAAAGGCAGCGGCAGCGGCGGCAGUGGCCCUGGCGGCCCCGUCGGCGGCGGCGUCGGGAAGAAGGCGGCCAAGGAGCCGCGCUCGCUGCGCCUGAGCAUCAACGCCCGGGAGCGGCGCCGGAUGCACGACCUGAACGACGCGCUGGACGGGCUGCGCUCGGUCAUCCCUUACGCCCACAGCCCCUCGGUGCGCAAGCUCUCCAAGAUCGCCACGCUGCUCCUGGCCAAGAACUACAUCCUCAUGCAGGCCCAGGCCCUCGACGAGAUGCGGCGCCUGGUCGCCUACCUCAACCAGGGACAGAGCAGCGCCCCAGCCCCGGCCCUGGCCCCGCCGCUCCCCUUCGGGCAGGCCCUCUACCCCUUCGCCCCCACCGCCGCCCCCCUGGCCAACCCCGACAAGGCCGCCCCGGCCCCCGUUCCCUCGGCCCUCUGCAAACACUGCCACGAGAAGCCCUGA